UCAUGCGAGUUUACUUCCCCCAGUAACCCGUGAAGAUCAAAAUCAGAUGUCUCUCGUCAAUUUACCACUGUGUUACUUAGAAGGCGGUGAUGAAGUUGAGAUAUCUAUAGAAUCACAUGUGGGGAAGGGAAUGGUGAAGAACCCAUGGUUAACGGUGAAGAAGUGUGGGCUGAAAGUCAUUUAUGAGGCUGAUGAGAACAUUAUAUAGAAAGGAUCAGAAGUUUGGUCCAGUAAAACUUGGCACCUCUUAUCAUGGUGCCAUCCUCAAAGAAGAAGUAUGCAUGGGCAUUGUCGGCGUAGGGUCAACGGUGUUGUCGGAGGCAUUUGAAUUCAAGGAAGAGAAGGAAGGGUCCAGCAUCAGGCACUUUCCUAUUUCAGGUCUUCUUCCUGACUUGCUAGCAGACAUAGAGGGGAGUGGAGGCUUAUUGUCCACACUGGAGUCAAAUAAAAAGAUGAUGUUCUUAGUUUGGUCAAUACCCUUUGCCUGACAUAGGUGCAUUUUGAUGAGUCGCGUGUAGAUAAAAUAAUAAACAGGGAUCUAUGUCUAGAGCAUUCUUGUUUAGAUAUUGCCUUUUUUGUGCUUUUUGCGGAGUUCAAUUAUGGUCGUAGAGGAUCGGAGGAUCUCUCCUUGGUAAAACUGUUUCGUUCUCAAUUAAGUUUGAACCUCAUCAGACCGAAACAGAGGUGCAGCCGUUUUAGGCCCCCAGAAUUUAUAAAUUC